GAACUACACGGUUCUCAACUUAGCCUUUUAACUUAGGCACUUUGGCAUUCAUCGGGCUUUCGCAGGGUUGGGAGCAGGCGUCGCGAGCAGCCGUUGAGCCCGAUUCUCUCUCUUUCUCUUCGCUCCGUCUCCCUCUUCUCGAAGGACGAACUUGUGUGUAUGCGUGUGUAUGAUGCAUUUACGGUGUCUGUAAGAGACAGAAGGAGCGGGAGGGAAAGAGAGACAAUCGGUGAUCAUCGGCGGGCUCCGGAGGCAGAGUCAAGAGCGACUUUACGUUUUUCGAAUUUGUCGUUCGCCGUCGAUCCUCGCGAAUAGUGGUGCGCGGCUCCGAGUUUCUCCUUCGCAACGUAUACGCCAUCAUAUAGUAGAAACGAUAGUUUAACGACAGCACAGUCUUCAUUAGGAAUUAUUUCGAAAUAGUGUUUUCUCUUACCCGCGAAAUAGAACGAUUUCGUUAUCUUCCAAUUGAAGAUUUGAAUUUUCAAAGAGUCGCGCGGCAGUACUGCCAUUUUGGAUAGAUGUAUAGAUGAUACGAAGAUAAAGAAGAACAAGUCCGUUGCAUCGAAACGGAGUCUGUAAUCGAUCGAACGGUCUACACUCGACGAGAGUUCGACAAGUGGAGCCUAUUGUCCUAAAAUUUCAACGAUUUCGCUUGUCAAGCGAAAAUAAUACGAAUACAAUAGAGCGAUAUGGCACGUCCAAAAAGAUGGAAAAAGUGCAUGUCGGAAAAUUCAUUGACUUUGCUCACGAUAUUCGGUGUGUGUGCCGGUACUCUAAUCGGUUUCAUCUUAAGGAAUAUCAACAAACCGGAGGGAUGGACAUCUCGUGAGAUAAUGUACAUUCAAUUUCCUGGAGAUCUUUUUCUUAGGAUCCUUAAAGGUCUGAUUUUACCUUUGAUAGUGGCUAGUAUCGUCAGUUCAAUUGGUAGUUUGGACCUAUCUCUCUCAGGAAAAAUCGGUAUGAGAUCGAUUUAUUAUUAUGGAACUACAACGAUUAGUGCUGUAAUUCUUGGUAUAAUUCUUGUCUCCGUGAUAAGACCCGGAGAAAUCAGUGGACAUUUCGAUAGUCAAAAGGAGUUAACUAUCAGAAACGUUACUACCACCGACACGCUAUUAGAUUUAGUUAGGAAUAUAUUUCCGCCGAAUCUUGUUCAGGCCUGUAUUACGCAAUAUCGUACGAUAUUAACGAAGCCUGAAAAUGUGACAGAUGAAAUUCCUGUAGAAAAUUGGGAUAUUUCACACGUAUAUACCGAUGGUACCAAUAUUCUUGGAUUGGUCGUUUUUAGUAUUGUUUUUGGGAUUACACUCGGUAAAAUGGGAGAGUCUGGAAAAGCUUUGUUGGAUUUCUUUACAGCAUUAUCAGAAGCAACAAUGAUUAUCACUAACUGGGUUAUUUGGAUUUCACCGAUUGGUGUUUGCUUUUUGGUUACUUCAAAACUUUUAGAAAUUAAGGAUAUAAGUGCCAUCGUUGGUCAAUUAGGUUUAUAUUUUAUAACAGUAUUAUUGGGACUAUUUCUCCAUGGUUUUGGCACUCUGUCCGUUAUAUACUUUAUUUGUACCAAAGAAUUACCUUUCAAAGUUAUUAAAAAAAUGGGACAAGUAUUAGCUACAGCAUUUGGAACAGCUUCAAGUACUGCUACACUGCCAGUUACUCUGCAGUGCUUGGAUAAUAUGGGAGCAGAUCCUAGGAUAACAAGGUUUGUUGUACCAAUUGGUGCAACUAUCAAUAUGGAUGGGACUGCAUUGUAUGAAGCAGUUGCAGCUAUAUUUAUUGCUCAAGUUAGAGGAGUAUCAUUGACUCUUAGCAGUAUCAUUGGUGUUAGCAUAACUGCAACAGCUGCAAGUAUAGGUGCUGCUGGUAUACCACAAGCUGGUCUUGUUACAAUGGUUAUGGUAUUAGAUACCAUAGGUUUACCCGCAAAAGACGUCACCCUUAUUAUUGCCGUAGAUUGGCUGUUAGAUCGAUUCCGGACUACGAUUAACGUAAUGUGUGAUGCACUCGGUGCUUGUAUAAUCGAACGUAUGAGCAAAGGAGAACUUGAUGUACCUACAUUGAAUCAAACGGAAGAUUCUAUUGAACUUGCUCAAUUGCGUAAAGCAGAAGCAUAAUCUUUUUUUUUUUUUUUUAUUCUUUGCAUGCUAUUUAAUAGCAUUUAUAUAAUAUUAUAUUAUAUCGCACACUUCAACUGUGUUUCUUUAGAGAUUUAUACAUUUUUAUAUUAUUUAAUAUAAAAAUUGUUUACAAACUAAGAAGUUUGUAGCAGAAUUUUGUGAAUAUCAUUUUUAAUAUAUGUACAUACAAAUGAAAUACAAAUCUACAACACAGCCAA